GGGCACACACAUGAUGCGGGAUACGAUGCGUGGCAUGAUGCAUGACGAUGACACGCAGACUUGUUGUCCUUUAUUUAGCAGGGCAGAAUAAGACACGUGGAAUAAGAGUUAAGAGGCUCUCACUCUCUUUGUUUUAACUUCAUGCAUGUGCACCAGAGAUAUUCCAUCAUUGUUUUGGUUCUGCAAUUAUAUUCGUCGUCAUCCUUUUUCAGAUCAGCUAAAGGACAACCAAUCAAAAGGGCUCCUAAUUUAAAAUCCCCGUUCUUUGGGGAAUCAAAUCGAAACGCAAUUAACAAAGUAGAGAAAUGAACCAAUGUCGAAAAUUCUGCGUCUCAAUAUUCUCCUCCGCGCAAAUUCUGCGCAUUGACGGAGAAACAGUCGUCGCACACUGAUGACGUAGCAGGAACGUUACCGUCGCAGCAGCGCACACGUGAGGGUAUCAACACAUACAGCGACCAGCUCCCAAUACACGGUAACAUGGGGAAGAAUAAACAAAAGGGGAAGAAACAAAAGAACGUCUUUCAUGUGGCGAACAAGCACUUGAAGAACAAGAACAAAGCCAAACCGGUGACGACGACGCUCAAACACAUCAACGCAGUGAAGAAUGAGAAGGUGGAGAACCUCAAUCAAGUCUUCACAGAGGUCCAGAUGGAUGUCCGGAGUAUCUCCAAGUCGGUCGCUCCCGAACCAAUGAAGCAAGCGACGGUCAGGGAGCCCCCAAAGGAAUCUGUGAACGUGGACGGUGCCGCUCGACUCUUUUCUCAGCUGUGAUGGAGCGUGAAUCGCUCACGAAGUCUGAGGACAAACCUCGGUGACGGGCUGACCGUCUCUGUGUGGGACAUGAAACAACAAAGUCAGCAAACACGCCCAAUGCAUUUUUACAUUUUACGCCGAGGACUUCCGAUGAGCUCAAAAUGAUAGUUAUACAAGAAAGUCUUGUGUGUAAUUUAAGCAUUCUGUGUAAGAAAUGUAAUUAAUUGAUCGACAUUAACAAUCCUCCUUUCUUACUGAAACUUGACAAUAAGUUUCAGUAAGAAACGAGGAUUGUUAAUGUUAAAAAUGCGUAUUAUUUUAUGUUGACAGGUUUGCUUUCUGUGGGCUGCAACUAAUGACUAUUUUCCUUUUUGAUUAAUCUGCCGAUUAUGUCCUUGAUUAAUUGAUGACUUGUUUUGAAAUGGUACAUUUUCCACGAUGAGAAAAACCAACAACAAUAUUUAGUUAAACUAUUGUAUUAAAUAAAAAACGCAUCUCCAAAUGUCAACACAGAAAAUCGAAUCAGAUAAUUGACUUUUUAUUGCUAGGAGAAUAAUAAUUUCUUGCUAAUUAAUUUCCUAUUCGUUGAAAUGUUUCAUCUCUUUUAAUAAGAGUUGAUCUGAGUUCCCUGUGUUUUAUUCAUUCUUGAAUGUGGAUGCAAUUUAAGCAUUUUCAAAAGAAUGAUUUAACAAUAAGCACUUUAACAUAUCAUCCUUGUGUUUUUUUUAAGCCCUUUUUUGCAAAGCAGUUCAAGCUUAAAGCCUUUAUUUUCAUGCUGUUCAUACUCUGGAUUUCAAUAAAAUGAGGUCACAAAGGA